AUGGAGGACGAGGACCGUCGAAGGCUGGAACGAAGGUACGGACUAGAACACUGGAAGGAAGGACACUUCCGUCCAGGAAACCCGGAGCGUGAAUUCUGGCAAACAUGGCAAUACAUAAUAUGCCUCUACGGCUUUGGCUGCACAUCAGACGAGUACCAGCAUGAAAAGUGCUGGGGGUGGACCAUCCUCCGCACCUCCUACGACGACGAUGAGGCGUUCACUCAAGCCGUCGCCGCCAUCCAGAGACUAGCCUUGGUUCGCCUCGAGGACGAGUACCGCGAAAGCAGGACGCGUGGGAAACCGGACAACGGUGGCAUGGACGCGGUGAAGGAGAAACUCGAUAAAGUGCCGGGCCACCCCAACUUGCGCGAACAUAUUCAACAGGCUUGGAGUGCGAUGGUCGGGCCCGCUCAAGAUGCCCUGCCUGAGGGAGAGCCACUCACGCCCGACUGGGUCAUCACGCACGAGUUGGUGCGACGGUACCACCAUGUCAUCUUGCAGGACAGCCAGGCCCUAGACGGAGCCGAUGCGCGUACUCCAAGGCUUGAGGCGUACUCCAAGGCUUGGGAGUACGCCUACGCUUUGAACCUCGGGGAGCGGGAGGAGAUCGCCCGCGGCGCGCUCAUGGCCCCUGAUGACCGGAGCAAGACCGCGUGGGAGUACCGGGUUAAGGUCGUCUCGACCGCUUCGGAGGUGACGGAGGACGGCGACGACACGGACCAGAUGAUGGAGUUUCCCCUGGGAAGGAGGCGGAUGAGGCUGUACGACUUUUUCGACACAUUCAUAUAUCUCUGCGAGGGGGACUUGGAUGAAAUGGCUGUUGAGGGAUGGGAUCGUGAACGUUUCGUCGGGCAUGAGGAGCGGGAAUGGGAGUUAUGUAGGAACCGUUGGGCGACUGGUGUGAGGGCACCCUGGUUGCGGGAGCUGUACGGAGAAGUGGUUCUAACUGCAGGAUUAAUCCUGACUGUUCUGCUCAAUUAA